AUGUGUGGAUCCAGCCAUCUCUUAUUGCUCGUCUUUGUCGCAGGAGUUGCUGCUCAGCCCAAUGUGUGUGGCCAGGCCCCUCUGAACACCAGGACUCGGAUCGUUGGGGGGGAGGAUGCAGCCGCGGGCUCCUGGCCCUGGCAGGCCUCGCUCACUCGCUCCGGGGGACACUUCUGUGGAGGCUCCCUCAUCAACAACCGCUGGAUCCUGACCGCUGCCCACUGCUUCAGCCCCCCCAGCACCUCCAGUUUGGUCGUGUACCUCGGGCGGGACACGCAGAAGCAGUCCAACGCUAACGAGGUGUCCCGCAGGGUCUCAGAGAUCAUCAACCACCCGAGCUACAACCCAGACACCAACGAUAACGACAUUAGCCUGCUGCGCCUCUCCGACACCGUGAACUUCACAAACUUCAUCCAGCCGGUCUGUCUAUCUGCCGCCGGUAACAAGCCGAGCGAUGGCACCAGCACCUACGUGACCGGCUGGGGGACUAUCAACUCUGAUGUCCCGUUGCCGUUCCCUCAGCGCCUGCAGGAGGUCAGCGUCCCCAUCGUGUCUCAGACCUCGUGUGACUCCCGCUACAGCAGCAGCAACAUCGACAUCACUGAUAACAUGCUGUGUGCGGGACAGGAGGGCAAGGACUCCUGCCAGGGCGACUCUGGCGGGCCCCUGGUUCUGAAGAUCAACGGGUCGUGGGUGCAGAUGGGCGUGGUCAGCUUCGGGAAGGGCUGUGCGUUGAAACUGUUCCCUGGGGUUUAUGCCCGAGUCUCCAGGUACCAGACCUGGAUCUCGGGUCACGUGUCCAACACUGCUGGAUUCAUUAAUCCAGACGGCAGCUUCUCCAGCGGAGCGCCCAGUCUGUCCUUGGCCCUGACCCUGGCCCAGAUCCUGCCCGUGCUGCUGGGGCCCCUGCUCUGCCUGCUGCUGUCUCACUAA